AGCUUGUCUUGCAAUGAAAAUCUGUGCUAGGACUGUUGUUUCCUCCUCCUCCUCCUCCUCCUUCUUCUUCUUCUUCUUCUUCUCUUCAACCCAUCUCUGACCAAAGGUCAAAAAUGUAGGUACCAUACAUAGUCUGGUCUUGGUCUACCUGGCAUUCUAGCUUCAUCAUUAUAUCAUUCUACCGCUACCAUCUCUUCGUGCUAUCCUUGGCCUAGGCUUUGCAUAGAUUAAACGCGGGUUUACCAAAGGUAUCCGUCAUAGAGUUUGACGCAUAAGUCUCAGAUGGCCCCCCUGUUUUUGUACGAGUUGGGAGCUGACUCUCACUGAUAGAAAAUCAGAUUUUCACGAUGACCGUCAUAAGUUUCGUGCGGUCGAAAAAACGGGGCAAGACAUCGAGGAAACGCUCUUUGUGGCUACCCAUCAUCGCUCCCAAGGGUACAACAGCGAGCUCCAGUGUCAAUCCUGCUGUACCUGUGAAGACUUCAAUUCCUCGCUCUCAUGGUCGGUUUCCACCGAGAUCUCGGACAGGUUGCUGGUACGUUCUAAAAUGUGACGAGAAACAUCCUCGAUGUAAUCAAUGUACCAGAUUGGGUCAUGAUUGUGACUACCAGCCACGCUUGUCCUUUAGAGACGAUACCCGUCGGGUAAUCGAACGGAUGUCAGACGUGGAGACAGUUGGCAAUCUUGUUUGGGACCCUCAUAUGUGUAGAAAUGUCAGGCCUCCCUCUGCAGACUACGGAUUACCAGAUCUGCUGCCUUCCUUCGCGACACUCACAUCUGACGAGGAACGGGAGAGGAAAGCUCAGUUGUCCAUUCCCGGCACUUAUACCGUUAUCAUCAUGCCGGAGAGCUUUUCUUAUCUUCCUGGACAUGUCAAUGAACGAUCUGGGGAGCAAUGCAGGAGCGCAACAUCAAGUUCCUUGGUAGAUAGUGGGCAAAGUAGCCAGCGGAAUGACAAUCCAGAAGUGAAUGAUCCAAAUGUCGUCAUACUCAAGACAUUGCCUGACGCUAGGAGAUACUUCUGUCCAGAUCGCAGAGGUUCCACUCCAACGCUGGAGUCUGGUCCUCGAGGCUUCUCAUAUUCACCUACAGCCUCAGUAUAUUCAGCUGAUUCGAGCACUCCAGAUAAGUUUUAUACGCAGGGGCAAACAAAAUUGAUGGAUUAUGAGGCGAUACUACUAUCACAUUUUCGCAAUGUGGUAUGGCCCAAACUUGUCCCCCAGGGGACCUGGUUAGAUGGUUCAGACGGCCAUGGACUGGGUGUCGAGGUUUUGGAACAAGAAGCUGCUAUCUGCCCACCUCUUUUUCAAGCGGUGAUGGCAGUAUCUAAGCUCUGCCUAGAUCGCCAAGGGAACAGUAUAGAUAUGAGCGACUUGAAUCCCCACCAGCGAGAUUUCCCACUUCCACAGAAUACCCUCCAUCACAGCGACAAUAUUCUAUCUGACGGACUUUUUCUCACGCAAUUUCUACUGCUCGUACACGAGGCCAUGGCUGCCAAGUCAGAUGGGCCGAGCCUCUGGUCUUAUCACAUAUCCCAAAUGCUCGAGAUUACUUUCAUGAGGCAAUCGGCCUUUGGAGUGGAGCGAUUUCCGUUCGUCAUCUGGUGGGUCUGCAACAUUGAUUUUAUUGCCCUUCUCAGCGGUGCAGGUGCAGGAGACUAUGUCAAAACGGUUUUAGAAAGCGACCUGCUCCCCUGGCCCGAGUCUCUUCUUUCCUCUAUCGGCUCUAGUGGAUCCGAUGACAUCGAUUCGCAUGAGCCUGAAAAUCUAACAUUACUGUUGCAGCUGUACAAAGACAUGUUCGGGCUAGCUGUCCAGUUAGGGUUAGUUAUUGCGGACAUGAAAAAGCUGGGUGUAUCUUAUUCAUACCCCCCUAUCAAUCUACAGCAGCGGGGUAUCGACCUACACGAAGAUUUGAGGCGACUUUGGGACGCUUCAGAUAUUCGCUGCUGGGCCGAGAAUCAAACAAGGCUACCAAAACAACAACAAAGGAUUUUGGAGCAGAUCAAUUUACUCUUCCAUACUUCAAUUCUCUUUUACUACACUAGCAUAUUUCCUGAGCAGUGCAUUGACAUGGGCGAAAGACCCAAGCAGAAUGUGCAUCACCAUACGACAAUGAUCUUACAACAUGCAGAGGCGAUGAUCGUGGAUAUCCAAGGUAGCCCUCUGCACUUCAUCAUCUUCCCUUUGUUCCUGGCGGGAGUUGCGGCGGAAACAAUCGAUCUCAAAGUCAAGGCAUGGGAGCUGCUCUCAAAUCUAGAGAGAAAUGAGAUAGGAUAUAAUGCGUCUACGACGUGCUAUAUGCUCCAACUCGUGUAUGAAUACCAGAUGCAGCAGCGAUCUUAUAAUGGUGACAGACCGUUCCCAUGGACUGGCUGGAUUGAACUCUUGGCUGAACGUGGCUUUGGGUUCGUCAGUUACGGAUGAGAAGGGGGACUGGGGCUGGCUUUUUUUUUUUUUCC